AUCCUCCGGGUAACAACACCCAUCAUGGCUGUUUCUGGUGGAAGAUCCGUGGUUUUCGUGACUGGAAACGCAAAGAAACUCGAAGAGGUGAUUCAGAUCCUAGGAGACAAGUUUCCCUACAAGCUAGUUUCAAAAAAGAUUGACUUGCCGGAAUACCAGGGGGAGCCAGAUGAGAUUUCCAUACACAAAUGUAAGGAGGCAGCACGACAGAUUGAUGGGCCAGUCAUAGUAGAGGACACCUGUCUGUGUUUCAGGGCUUUGGGAGGCCUACCUGGUCCUUACAUAAAAUGGUUUCUGGAUAAACUCAAACCAGAAGGCUUGUAUAAACUCUUAGCUGGAUUUGAAGAUAAGUCAGCCUGGGCUCUCUGCACGUUUGCGUUCUCUGCUGGUAAAGAUGAAGAUGUGCAGCUCUUCAGAGGGAUAACAGAGGGGCAGAUUGUGGAACCCAGAGGCCCUCGAGACUUUGGAUGGGACCCCUGCUUCCAACCGGAUGGAUUUGUCAAAACCUACGCUGAGAUGCCCAAAGAAGUGAAGAACUCGAUCUCUCACCGAUACCGGGCCCUAGCAGCCAUGUCUGAACAUUUCUCUCAGCCCAACAGUAAUUCACCACAGAACAAGAAAAAGCGGCACGAAUGAGGCAAUCACGGACAAUGUGAGAGCUUUAGGAGCUAAACGUGUCAAACUGUGAGCUCUCAGGGCUGCCCCGUGUCUGUGACACUUAUUACCAGGAUGUUUUCACUGUGGGCUGAGUAAGUUAUGACUGAUCUCAGAUCUGUGAUCACAGCUUCUGCUCUGAGAUCCUGCAUUGAAAUCUGUGCUGUAUCAUUAGUACCUUUGUAUUUAGUAAACUUUUUGUUAAUUGGAAGCAA